CGCAGUAGGCACCCUCAGUCAAUACAAAAUGAAUGUCUACGGUCCGGCAAGGCACGGAGUGGUUUGGUUCGUUUUGAUAGGUUUGGUCUUCACGCUGCCGCAGUUUUGUGAAGCUCGGUCGAAAGCAUCACGUGGAGUGGUCGUUCCUUUUGUUUUCGACCCCAAAGCGAAGUGUGAUCCUCCCUGCCAACAUAUGGGGCUGUGCAUCAGAAACAACACCUGCUUCUGCUCCAAAGGAUAUGAAGGCGAUCUCUGCCAGUAUGUAACUUGUUACCCCAAGUGCAAGAACGGGGGAGUGUGUCUCCGUCCAGGGAAGUGCCGGUGUCCACCCGGAGUCGGAGGAAGAUAUUGCCACAAAGCCUCAUGUGAAGGUGGCUGUUUGAAUGGUGGAGAGUGCAUCUCUGUCAACAAUGUCGUGAAGUGCCUGUGUUCCUCUGGCUGGAUUGGAUCAAGAUGUCAGGAAGCUAUCUGCCCCCAGGGAUGUCACAAUGGUGGGAGCUGUUUGGCACCAGGAAUCUGUAGUUGUCCAGAUGGAUGGGUUGGUGGAGCCUGCCAUUUGGCGAUUUGUGAUGCCCCUUGUCUGCAUGGAGGGAAAUGCAUUGCCCCUAAUGUAUGCCGAUGUCGUGGAUUCUACAGCGGCCCUCAGUGCAGACAAAAAAUUGAAUGAAAUUGAAUUUUCUGGAAAGGAGACUUUUUUUUAACUGUUUUACUUUUUGUUAAACAAUGUAUUAGGUUUUCAAGUAAUUACUGUCAAAAAAUGAAGUAUGUAGGACAAAUUCCAUGUAACUUGUUUUUUCUGAGGAUAAAAGAAGGCUGAAUGAGGGUGGGAUAUUUUUCACUUUGCAUGUUUAUCUGUCUAAUUGGGUUUUUAAUGCAAUAGCUAUCUUUAAUAGGAAUAAGUCUACAUUUGAAUAUGAUGGAUUUUGGUGAUGUUGUUGCAAUUAUAAAACAGUGAUCAUAGGUCAACUACAUUCGCUAUGCUUGGUUUUAAAAUUCCAGAUUUAAUGUCUCUCAAUUGUUCUCAAUGGAAGUUUGAGGUCUUUAUAUUUUUAAGUUGACGAUAAAAGAUGUGACUCAAAACACUCAUCUUUGAAGGUACAGAUGUUCAUUGGCUAUCUUGUAUUCUGCUUGAAUUUAUACAUGGUAGGAAAUGUUUUGUUCUGGAAUAUUAUCUCCGAAUAUUAUAAUACAAUUUUUUGAUAUGCUUAACAAG